CUCUCCCUCUCUGGUCUUCCCCUCUCCUCUCCCUCUCCGGUCUCCCCCCUCCUCUCCUCUCCUCUCGAGUCAGUGAGUGAGUCAUCCCCUUUCUUUCUCCCGUCUGCAUCCAGUUUCAAAUCCGCUCCUCCUCUCCGACCACCCGGCCUCGACCUCGACCACCAGUUCCUCCCCUCGUCGCCUCCCGCCGCUCCUCUGCUCGACCGGACCGGCGACUUGGCGGCGACCCGACGGCGGGGGAGCGGAGAUCCCAUCAGGACCUUCCUUCCACGGUCAGGCUCACGUUUCCCCUCCUUCCUGCCCACCAGCUCUUGGGCGCACUUCUCGCAAACACAAAUGAAGCGCCAAUGAUAUGAACCGCAACAACACCUGACAGACCGCAAUGGACCCUAGAAGGGACGCCGCUGCUGGCUCUGCGCCCCAGAGAGCCAUGCACGCGCCAUUGGCUUCAUCUUCCACCGCCCCUCCCCGUGUUCCAGAGUACCAUGUGCCGGGCACUGUCAAGCCCGUCCUCAACUUCUCUAUCCAGACAGGGGAGGAGUUUGCCCUCGAGUUCAUGAGGGACCGUGCCAUGUCCCAGAAGAUCCUGGCCCCUGGUACGUCCGGAGACCAGAACGCGGCGACAAGCGGUUACAUGGACCUGAGAGGAAUGCUUGGUGCCAGCCACACCGCAUCAGAAACUGGUCCUGAUAUAUUCAUGCUCCAGCCUAUUGUUGAUCCGCGGCACAAGGAGCCCGAGAGAAAACCUGUUGCUCCUCAGGUUCAGAAUAGAAGCAGGCACUCGUCUACCAGGUCGGUUCCGCGAGCUCUGUCAGGUGGCGAUGGCAGUAGUCGGGGACUAUCUCAUGGCUAUGCUUCCUCUGAUGCUUCGGAUGCCUCCAAGAGAAUCAAGUUCCUGUGCAGCUUUGGGGGCAAAAUCUUGCCCCGUCCCAGUGACGGGAAGCUUAGGUAUGUCGGCGGUGAGACACGCAUAAUUCGAAUCAGCAAGGACAUUUCCUGGCAGGAGCUCAGACAAAAGACGUCUGCCAUCUUCAACCAGCCACAUAUCAUCAAGUACCAGCUCCCUGGUGAAGAUCUCGAUUCUUUAAUCUCGGUGUCGGGCGACGAGGAUUUGACAAACAUGAUGGAUGAGUUCGCCAUGAUUGAAAGUGAGGGAGGUUCUCAGAAGCUCCGUGUUUUUCUGUUUUCCUCACUCGAUUUCGACGAUAACCUGGGCAGCAUCGAUGGUGAUUCUGAGCUCCAUUAUGUUGUUGCUGUCAAUGGAAUAGAUGUAGGAUCAGGGAAGCCUUCGAGUGGCCAUGGUUUAGCAAGCACAUCCAUGAGUAUGAUGGAGCAGUUCAUUAAUCUCAAUAAUGAUAAUGAUCAGUCGAACCCAAACCAAGGCAUGUCAGAUUUUCAUGGUAUGCGUGGGCCAACUUUGGUGCCUUCUGCUACUGUAUCAACACCAACACCGCCAAGUUUAUCCAGUGAUUACACUGCAAAUUUGCAAUCUUACCAAGGGCAGGAAAUGCUGUAUGCUCAAGGCUCUAGAAACAAUUUCUAUGACACUGAGAGACGCAUCUCUAUGCCCCUAUCUGCGCCCUCAGAUUAUGGAGUGGCCUCUCAGUAUGCGCCACAUUCUGGACCUGCAUCUCUGGCAACUCCUGACCAACGGUCUUAUCAGGACGGCUUCAUGAUGCAAGGUUCUAUAAAUGAUGCAAAGCAGCAAGCUUCCAAGAACACGCUGCAUCAGAAAAGUGAAGUGGACUACUUCCAAACCCUUGAGAAUCUGAGUGCUCCUGUGCACCACAAUGACCUGUCUGUUUCAAACAGUAUGCAUUUGGAAGUGCCCCCUGCUUCUUCGGCUCAAGAAGGCCGGACAUCUUUUCUUCAACCAAGUGACAGUGGAAAAAGCCUAGAGCCUAGAGAGUUAAAUGAAGAUGACCGCCAGUCCUCUGGUGGAGCUUUUGCAUCUGGAUGUUCUGAAUUUGAGUCUGACAUGACCGAUCAUGGGUUCACGGAUCCACAACCUGGUUCCGGGCGGACCUUCCAUUCUGAACGAAUCCCGCGGGAGCAAAUGGAAUCCCUGAAUCGGUUGUCAAAAUCUGAUGAUUCAGGCGCUCAGUUUCUAAUACCUCAGUCUCAGUCCGGUGCGGCUAGAGAAUCCAUUGCAGAGGCUGCUGAUUCUGUCGAAGGAGCUGAAAAUUCAAAUUCAGGGGCCCCAUCACUGAACCUGAAUGAACCAUCUAGCGAUGAUUGCCUAGCACAGUUUGAGAAAAACUUUGCCAAAGCUGUACCACGGCCGAGUCAAUUUGGUAUAAUCAUACCUCCAGAAGAAUCAGAUGCUAAAUUGAUGUCUGAAAAUCCUGUGGUUGAACAACAACAGGCCAGUGAAAAGAGGGCAGUGGAUGUCCCUAACAUCAUGAAUUCAGUUGAGAAGACUCCAGCUAAAGGUAAUUUGAAAGCCACUACCACCAAUAGAAUGCAAAGUGCUAAGAAGCAGCUGGGAAGUGAUGCUGCCAUGGCACGUCGUGUCAGUUGGGAGGCUCCCAAGGCUGCGCUCCCUAAUGAUGUUAAGCAUGAUCCAGCUGUGCCAUCGUCCACCAGCACUGUUGGAGCUGUUGCAGAUAGUGUAUCUGCAGCUGCUAACUCAGAGAACAGAGAUUUUUUUGUCGAUAUCAAUGACCGCUUCCCCCCUGACAUCCUUUCCGAUUUCUUUGCAAAGGCGAAAGAUGCAGCACAGUCAUCAACUCCUUUUAAUGAUCCUAUUCUUAGCUUGAACAUGCCAAACUAUGAGCCUAAGAAUUGGUCAUUCUUCAGAAAUCUUGCAAAGGAUGAGUUUCCAAGCAAGAAUAAUGACCAAGGCCUGGCAAAGAUUGACGAAGGGAUGUAUGCAUUCGCAGGAGCAGAUAAUGAUGCAAUCAGCGUGAAGGGUUUGAAUCCUACUUACAAUUUUGAUGCUGAGAAGAAGGCAGAGCCUUCCAUCGUAGUCGCUGACGUUAGCAGCAUGCCUCCAGCUUAUGCCACAUCACAUAUUGACCAUCUCCCAAAGGUGGAGAGGAGUGCUGAAGCAUUUCAAGUUGACAAUCCAUAUCAACCUGUGGUGGACAAUACGAAUCUGCCUGCUCCAGAUUUCGAGGAACCUAAGUUCGAAGAGGACAGAACUGCCGCACAAGUCAUGGAUGCUUCCCUUCGAGAUUCUGAUUUUGAACACUUGCAGAUCAUCAAGAAUGAAGAUCUCGAGGAGCUUAGGGAACUUGGUUCUGGUACUUUUGGAACCGUUUACCAUGGGAAAUGGAGAGGAACUGAUGUGGCUAUCAAGCGCAUCAAGAAGAGCUGUUUUACAGGACGAUCAUCUGAGCAAGAAAGGCUGGCACAAGAAUUCUGGCGAGAAGCUGAGAUUCUGUCAAAGCUUCAUCAUCCAAACGUAGUAGCAUUCUAUGGUGUUGUGAAGGAUGGGCCAGGUGGUACCCUGGCGACUCUGACCGAGUUCAUGGUUAAUGGUUCUCUUCGGCAUGUCUUGCAGCGGAAGGACAAGUGUCCUGAUCUCCGCAAGCGGCUGAUCAUAGCGAUGGACGCGGCGUUCGGGAUGGAGUACCUGCACUCGAAGAACAUUGUGCAUUUCGACCUGAAGUGCGACAACCUGCUAGUGAACCUCAGGGACCACGCACGUCCUAUCUGCAAAGUGGGUGAUUUUGGGCUGUCGAAAAUCAAGAGGAACACCCUGGUUUCGGGCGGCGUGAGGGGGACGCUUCCCUGGAUGGCUCCAGAGUUACUCAACGGGAGUAGCAGCAAGGUGUCUGAGAAGGUGGAUGUGUUUUCGUUUGGCAUCGUGCUUUGGGAGAUCCUGACGGGGGAGGAGCCCUAUGCCAACAUGCACUAUGGCGCAAUAAUAGGUGGCAUCGUGAACAACACGCUGCGGCCACCGGUGCCGGCCAACUGCGGGCCGGACUGGAGGAGGCUGAUGGAGCAGUGCUGGUCGCCGGACCCGUCACAGCGGCCGGCCUUCACGGAGAUCGCUGCGCGGCUGCGGUCCAUGUCAGCUGCGGCCAACCAGCAGGCCAAGGCAGCUGCAGCGGCCAAGUAGAAAUACAAAUCGCCGGCUGUGGGUAUGGGGUGGUGUAUGUAUUGCCUGUCUGUCUGUCUGCCUGCCUGCCUGUCUGUUAUAGAGUUGUGAGUGUAAAAAUAUUGGUCAGAUGAAAUGAAAUGAAUGGGGUGUAAA